CGAGCAGGAACGCACGAGGAGAAGGCGGAAGGCGGGAGUACGCUUGCGCGCAGCGGUUGAUACAAACAGCGCGCAAGCGCAUUAUGGAACGCGAAGUGGUUUUCUUUCUUUUGAAUGUCCGCUUGGUUUUGUGGGAUGGCUCACAGAGCCGCGCUUGGGUCGAAGGACGCAUGCGCAGUGGGGAAACUGCGCGGCGCUUGUCCCCGGACGCCUUGAAAUUCCAGCGCGAAGGAUUGAGCCUGCACCACGCUGCGUCAACGCGCUCCAUGAGGCAAGGGUGGGUAAGUAUUAACUCGGCGCACGCGCACUGAUAAAAUAGAGGUUUCAGGCGCUGCGAUGCGUUUGUGCGUGUAUAGAAUCUAGGGAAAAGAGCGCAUGCGUAAAGAAGGGGAAAUAACUUGACGCGCAAGUGCUUAUGGGAGUUGUAGUUUGGUUGUAUUUUUUUAAAUGAGGGGUUCUAUUCCUUUUAAGAAUUAUUAUUAUUAGGCCUCUUUGGCCCUUGAAAAAUGUUGGAAAAGUGGCAUAUUCUUAGUCUCAGUUUCCUGUUUGAAAAAUGAAAACAGCAUCAUUUCUCUCACACGGGUGUUUUAAGAAUAGUGAGGCGCAUUUUAUAUUAUAGAGCACCUAAAGGUUGCUGUCGUUUUUAUUCAUGCAUCUUUCUGGCUCUAUUUGUAUCUUUUUUAACAAGCAGUCUAGUGCACAGGUAUUUUAACAAAGGACUUUCCCCCUUGUAUGGAGCUAGGGAGUCGAAAAAGAGAAAUGCUUUCCGCUGCCGAUGGUUGAUGUUUAAAGAUGCUAGGAGCACAAGGGGCUAUUUAUUCAUUUAUAUGUUUUAAAACCCAUCCCUUUUGUUUUGGAAAAAACCCCAAUACAAAUAUUUUAUAUGAAAGCGAAAAAGAAAAAAAAUAUGCCAGGUUUAAAAUUGCAUUUACUUAUUUAUUUUAUAUAAAAAAUUGUGUGCCACUUGAUUGUAAAAAUGAAACAAAACCUCAAAGUGGAUGUGACACAUGCAGGUUGGUUUAGUCCCUUGUUUUGCCAGGACAGCAGGGCAAAUUGUGGCAAACUUUUUCAGAGGCGCAUCAGGGAAUUGGGUGUUAGGAAGGUUGCCAUGAGUGACCUCAUUGCCCCACAGCACGACUGAUUUGGCAUGGUAUGCCCUAGAUGUAGCAAUGAUAUUAUCAAAGGGCGGGGAAUGAAAUAACGCCAGGUUUCCUUUGCUUUUACUACUCUCUCUUAUCCACCAUCAAAUCCAGACUUCCAAAGAAAUGCUUCUCAUUCCCUUUGUUUAUAUUCCAGCAGAAGCAGCCAGUUCCUAAGGUUGCAACAUUUUUCCAGCAGCAGAACAAAUUUAGACAGGGAAGAUUUUCCCAGGAAAGCGUGGGUUCAGGGAGCCUACUUGAAUAAAAUAUGGGGGGGGGUGCCUAGGUAAGCCCCACCCCGCAUAACCCUGUCAAUUCCCUGGAGUGGGAAGGGACUCAUGGAAAGUAUGUGUUAAUGUGGAUAUCCACAAUUGGACAAAUAUCAAAAUCUGGAGAUUGUUCAUGAUGCUGAAGAGUCCUAUCAACCAAAAGUCAAAGAAGCCCUUCCUGAUCAUCCCACCCUCACCAUUAUGAGAUAGGUGAUUGAAAUUCAAUAAAUAACGUAAGUAACAAUCAUGUUUAAAUCACGUUGCUUCCUCCAAAGAAUCCUUGGAACUGUUAAGGAUGCUGGGGAAUAGUGGCUUUGUGAAAUACAGACUACAGUGGUACCUCGGGUUAAGAACUUAAUUCGUUCUGGAGGUCCGUUCUUAACCUGAAACUGUUCUUAACCUGAAGCACCACUUUAGCUAAUGGGGCCUCCCGCUGCCGCCGCACGAUUUCUGUUUUCAUCCUGAAGCAAAGUUCUUAACCCGAGGUACUAUUUCUGGGUUAGCGGAGUCUGUAACCUGAAGCGUAUGUAACCUGAAGGGUAUGUAACCCGAGGUACCACUGUACAGCCCCCAAGAUUGCUUGGGGGAAGCCAUGUGCUUUAAAUGUAUGGGGUGUGUGUAUGCAGCAAGCCUUACGAGGAACAGUUGAAAGAGCUGGUUAUGUUUAGUCUGGAUAAGAAAAUAUGAAAGGGAGGCAUGAGAGCAGCCCUCAAGUAUCUGAAGAACUGUGGAGUGGAACUGUUCACUGUUGCACCCAAGGGCAAGACUAGACCCAAUGAGGUGGAAACUGUGGGGAAGCAGAUUUUGGCUAAGCGUUAGGUGAUGUUUCCUGACAUCAUGAAUGGUUUGACAGCAGAACGGACUGCACCGGAAAGAUAUAUGGCUUCUGUGGAAGGAUAACCGAAGAGGAAAAAUACUGUUCUUUUCACCUUUGUGUGUGUGUGUGUAUACCGAUAUGUUCUUUAUUGGGUUUCUAUUUUCCUUUCAUCUCAUUUCCUGCCCCAACCUGCGAGUACGAGGCUGCCAAAAAAAAUACUCCCAAUAGAGAAAAACAUUGUGGAUCCCCUUCUAUUUCACAACCAUCUCCUGCAAAACAUACCGACCGACUCCCAAAUUAUGCUUCUUACAACGAGUUGGUGUAGUAGAGCACGCAAAGUGCUUCUUUUAUUUAAGCAGAUUUAACAGUAGAACGGUGAGGUGGAGGGGAGGCUAAAGGAUGCUCAGGUCCGUUCGAUUCCUGCGUGCACAGGAGUUGUCAAACGGACCGUCAUUCUCCUCCUGCCAUCUCUCAUUUUAUUCCAUCAAGAAUGUGGCUUAUGGAUCCCAACUUCUGUUGUGGCAGCAGGGGGGGUUGCCCCUUGGCUGACAGGGGAACUAGUAGAUGGCGGCAUUGUGCUUUUUUGCUUGCCUAUAAGAAAAGACAACAAUAAGAUAUGUGGAUGCUGCCCAGGCUGUCAAGAAUGCUGAUAUUAAUGCCUGAUCUUCACUGUUAGCAAAGGCUAAUCCAGAACUACUAACCUGGUUCCUCCCUCCAAACGUUUUGGACUACCAGCUCUCUUCAGCCCCAGGGAUGAUGGGAGCUGUAGUCCAACAACUUCUGGAGGGCCACAGGCUUCUCGUCCCUGAUCUACUUGAUCUUUGGCAAUGCCAGGAGAAUGAUAACAAGAUACCUGGAGAUGGACAGAGCUGUCGUCCAACACCAUGCUGCCUCUCCCUAUCCUCCAAGAUUUGUGCCCAUAUCCCUGCCCAAAUCACUGAGAUCUUCAGAGGAGUUGCUGCUGGUGGCCCCCGAUGGCUCAGAUGCGUGGCUCAUUUCCACCAGAAGCACUGCAUUAAGUAUUACAGGUGAAACUCGAAAAAUUAAAAAUAUUGUGGAAAAGUUCAUUGUUUUCAGUAAUUCAACUUCAAAGGUGAAACUAAUAUAUGAGAUAGGCUCAUGACAUGCUAAGUGAGAUAUGUCAAGCCUUUCUUUGUUAUCAUUGUGAUGAUCAUGGCGUACAGCUGAUGAAAACCCCAAAUUAACAAUCUCAGAAAAUUAGAAUAUUCAAUGAAAUCAGCAAAACAAGGAUUGCAAAUCGAGCAAGAUUGGACCUCUGAGAAGUAGAAGCAUAUCUCGCUUUGCAUGUCAUAAGUCAAUAUCAUAUAAAAGUUUCACCUUUUAAGUUGGAUUACUGAAAUAAACAAACUUUCCCACAAUAUUCUAAUUUUUCGAGUUUCACCUGUAUUUGCCCGAUUCUGUGGAGCUGCCUCCCAGCUGAGAGUAUACAGGCCCCCUUCCCAUUGAACGCCUGGCAAAGACAUCUUCUUCUUUCAGGUACCUUAGAAUCAUAGAAUAGAGUUGGAAGGGACCACGAAGGUUGUCUAGUCAAACCCCCUGCAAUGGAGAGAUAUUUUGCCCAGUGUGGGGCUCAAACCCACGACCUAGAGAUUAAGAGUCUCCUCGUGCACUACCGACUGAGCUGUUCCAGGACUGAAAAAUACCUUUCUCCUACAGCUGACAUUUUCUGUUUUGAUGAUCAGUUGGAACGCUAUUUUUUAAAAAAAUAACUUUUAUGUGCAUUGCUUAGAGACUUCGGUAAUUUAAGCCAUAUUUAAACACCUUUAGUAAAUAAGAUGGAAUCUGCUGCCUGUGGCAACUGCCACACUCUGCCUCAUAGUAAGGCAUGAAAAGCACUUGCAUUCCCCAACCCCAAGCAAGACUAUGAUUAUGAAAGAAGGUCUUGUCUGGGAAGAUUUUGGACAACAAACGAAAAAUAAAAUUGACAAUGCGAAAAGCAACGGGGGUGGCUGCAGGGGGAAGGAGUCAUUGAGAGCAGCAGAUGAAGCCACAUGUGUUUUGGGUUUCGUUGCAGGGGGGGCGGGGGCCAAUUGAGACAAAGAUUAAGGGAUUUACAUAAAAGGUUUUGUGAUUCUUUUUUUAGGGGGUGGUUUAAGGAAGGGGCUUAAGCAGAGGCCGCAUUUCCUGGAAGGGGGAUCUUCCAGAAGAUUACGGCUGGCAGGGAGACAGGGUAGGGUGGGGGGGUCACUUACCCAGCGGGCACACCCCAUUCUUGCACGCCAACACAGGCUCCCCCAGAUCCUCGUUGCGCAGCGAUGCUGCUAUUCUCCUCGCCACAUAGCGGCAAACUGAAUUGAAGAGAGGAAAUCUGUUAUUUCCCUGGAGGAGCUGGACACAUCUGUGUGGCUGGUACUGGCUCCUGCCCAGGAAUCCAGCCUCUAGUCUAGUGAGCACUGACUUCCUAGCUUUCUGCCUUCACACAAUGUGCCCCCCCCCUCCCGAUUCUAAAGGAACCCAGGAGUCCGGGCUCCCCUUGCCUCCAUUUGCAGACCCUAUACGUACCACCAAUUAUAAGUCAGACCAUGCUUCGGGAAGGAGAGUGCCGGUCAGCUUGGAAGUUCUGCUAUAAGACCCCUUGCAUAAACUGGAUUAUAAAAGGCAGGAAGGAAGAAGGUGGAGUUGAAGAGUAAAGAAAGGCAUUAUGGGAAAUGUAGUUUUAUUACCUCUACUACAAGGUCGGGGGUGGGGUAGCUUUGUUGAUCCGUUGCAGCAAAGCAACAAAGGCUUUUAAGGGGUUUAGGAUUAAUUGUUAGGCUCUAAAAUGCCACAGGACUUUUCUACCCCAUCUCAGAAAACCCAUGAGUCCGUUCUUGGGGCUGUAAUUUGUUUUUAGUACUGUAUUUUUAAAUUGCCAUAACCUGCCCUGAGACCUUAUGGUGAAGGGCAGGUAGGAAAUCAAAUAACUAAUAAUAAUGUAGCGUAUCUUCCAUAGUCUUUUAUAUGCCCCUUCUGGAGCUUCCAGGCAUCUUCCUGCCACAUGUCCAUAUUUCUUACCCAUUUCUCUCUCUCUCUCUCUCUCUCUCUCUCUCUCUCUUUUUUAAAAUGACUUGUGGGAUUUGCCAUCAGCAUUGAAUCCAGUCAAGUACGGAAGGUGACAUCACGUUGCAGGAAGUUCCUGUCUUUCUGACUUUACCUGUCCUGGCAUUAAUGUAUAUUUACUAUAUAUUUUUAAAAAAGAAACGAAACAAACCUUUCAUGCUGGAAAGCAGCAGAAUGAUUCUGUCAGCUUUCCAGGGCAAGCUUAAAACAUAGGGCAUUUUUCAUAUUACCUGUAUUUCUGACAGAGGGUUCUGGUACAGAGCUUGGGAGUUGUGAGUUCACAUCCUUUCCGUGAAUAUUGUGGGGUUUUUUAAACCUCAGCUUCUCUCUGGCAGCUGACUGAAAGCUGCAUAGACAAGAAGUCAAGAGGAAAAGGGGCGGCUUCCUAUAAAUUGGAAGGGGAGUCCCCUGUUUCAUAACGGCGAGGGUGGGGUAGGCAGGGAGAUCUCCCCUGGCUUUUGGCAAAAUAAAUAAAUUACCCCUGCUUGCCUGCCUGCCUUUUCUCCUAGCAUCUCCUGAGGGAAGGUUUCUGCUUACAAUGGUUGCUAAGACAGGUGGUUGCUGAGGAAAUGACGUUUUGUGGGGGGAGAGGAAGAAGAAGAAGGGGGGAACGUGAAGGGGGACUAGAUAAACGAGUGUGUGACCGAGGGAGAAGCUGAAGCAUAUGCCCUGCUCAUCCAUUCAGUGCUGAGGACCAGUACUGAGCAACUGAGGUAAGGAUAGGAGAGCAUGGUUGAUAAUGAUGGGGGGAGGGAGGGAAUAAAUAGAAAUCGUGAGACAUAGGAUGAAGCGGGAAAUAUCGGGGGGCUUUCACAGACUAAAAAGAUAAUUAAGCAUUUUGCUGCUCUGUCAGAAAGGUUACAGCAGCAUGGAUGUGUUGGGAGGAGAGAUGGGGUGCUGAAUCGUUUGAGAACCUCAUUUCUGUUUUAUGUGGCGUAUUAAAUCUAUUUUGCGUUUGCAGCCAGGUUCUGGGGGACAACUGAGUGUAUGUAAUCUUCAUAACGAGGGAGAAUGAGCUAAAAGUUGGCUGUCAAAGACAAGCUCUGCCCAGUCAUUGGUUGACUUGCUGUGAUGUCAUCAAAUGGUCGCUCGCAUUCUAGUGGCUUGGGAGAAAAUGGGAGCCCUAGAAGGUCGACAAACAUGGCAGGGCCUUUCUGGCUCUGCUAGCGAAAGGCAGUGGUCAAGCGGUGCCCAAACCUCCCCUUCACAUUUAGAAAAAAAAUGCUUCUUAUAGUCUUAGCUUGCUUGUCCUCACAACAAUUCUGUGAUUUAAGCUGCCGCUGUUCCCAUUUCACAGAUCAGGAACUGAAGCUGGAAGACUGUUGGCAUCGCCCAGAGCCACACGGGGAAACCUUGGCUGAGCUGGAAUUUGGAGUGGGGUGGAAAGGUAACAACUGUGCCCACCUCCAUAUGCCACACUGGGUCUCAGAGGCGCCUGGGCUCAGUGUGGGGAGGCAAGGCAAAGGCGGUGCAAUUGCCCAUUCUUUUCAACGCCAUCUUGUGCUUUUUCUUCUUCGCUGUUACUAGGCCGGAUUGCCUCCUGGCGAACAGCUCCUUAACGCCCUGCCCUUCCCUCGCUGGUGUUCGGGAGCAUCGCAUCCCCAAAGCUGGCAAUAGCUGAUUACAUGAUGGCAAGUACAGAACCGGUCACCGAGAAGAUGCCCGGCAAGAAACCCGACCAGGGGUCAGCCGUUGGCCAAGGGAGCAGCCGUGGCGCAUCCGUUGGGAGUGGAGGAGAGAAGGGGAGCAGGGCCGAGGCGGAAGGAGAGGACCUGAAAGAGAACCUGCCCCCUGGGGACCCAGCCCGCAGGGACGUCCCUUGGGCCUGCCCGGACGGCACGUUCGUCAAGCUGGUCCUGGAGACGGGCACGGGUUUAGACAAGCCCAAGGAAGGCUCCCUCUGCCAGGUCUUCCUCGAAGCCGAGCCAGGGUCGCCCUUGAGUUACCCAACCCACCGGUGGGCUGAAGUGGAGCUGGGCGGCGGUGACGCCGAGUGGGACGGGGUCGUGGACCGCUGCCUGGAGACGAUGCUGGCCGGGGAGCAGGCCGAGGCGAGGUUGGCAGCGGGAGGCACCGUGGCCAUCCGGUUAGCGAGCUUCACGGAGGCCAAAGACUCCUGGGAGAUGAGCGCCGCUGAGAAGUGGGACUUGGUCCUCAGCAACAAGGAACGGGGCGGGGAGCUGUACCGGGCAGGGGACGUCGCCGCCGCGGCACGGCGCUAUGCCAGGGCCUUGCGGCUGCUCGUCGUGGCUGCCCCUCCGCCGGACUACGACCAGAUCAAAGCCGAGCUGCACGCCAACCUGGCUGCCUGCCAGUUGAGGCUGCACCAGCCGGCCAAUGCCGCCUGCAACUGCACCAAGACCCUGGCCCUGCAGCCGGCCAACACCAAGGCCCUCUUCCGGCGGGGCUUGGCUCACGAUGCCAUGAACGACCUGGAGGGGGCGGCGCAGGAUCUGAAGGGGGUUCUGCAAGUGGAACCGGGCAACCGGGCAGCCCGGAGAGAACUGGAAAGAGUCAUGGAGCGGAUCAGGGCGCGGGAUGCCAAGCUGGCCCGAGCCAUGCAGAAAAUGUUUGCCUGAAUAAAAAGAAUAAUAAUAAUAAUUUACCCUAGUGGUCCCGGGCCCUAAGGAAGUUAGAUUAGCUUCAACCAGAGCCAGGGCCUUCUCAGCACUGGCUCCAGCCUGGUGGAACGCUCUGCCUCAUGAGACCAGGGCCCUGCAGGAUCUGAUUUCUUUCCGCAGGGCCUGUAAGACAGAGUUGUUCCGCCUGGCCUUUGGCUUGGAGCCAAUUUGAUUCCCUCCCCCUCUUUCUUUUUCCUUUCUCCUCCUGUGAUGAGGCUGGAUUUUAAUAUUUUAAUGUUUCAAUAUUUUAAUGUUGUAUUUUAAUCUUGUUUUUAAGUUGUAUUCAUUCAACUUGUUUUUAUUAUUGCUUUUUAGCAGCCCUGAG